UAAAUUAUAAAAAAGCUGAAACAAUGAGUAAUAAGACUGGUAAUACAGGAGAAGUAGAUCCUGUACAAGAGGAACUGGCUGGCCGUGUGAGGGAAGUUGGAAACCAUGCAAUUUGGAGUUUAUCUAGCUGCAAGCCUGGUUUUGGAGUGGAUCAGUUACGUGAUGAUAUCACAGAGACUUAUUGGCAAUCUGAUGGACAGCUUCCUCACUUGGUCAAUAUACAGUUUAAAAGGAAAACAACAAUACGUGAUAUAUGUAUAUACACAGAUUAUAAAUUAGAUGAAAGUUAUACUCCUAGUAGGAUAAGUAUUAGGGCAGGCACAAAUUUUAAUGAUCUUCAAGAAAUAGAAGUCAUGGAUUUGAAUGAACCAAGUGGUUGGAUUGUGAUUCCAAUAAAAGAUAUGAAUGACAGACCUAUCAGAACGUUUAUGAUACAAAUAGCUGUGAUGAACAACCAUCAAAAUGGACGGGACACACAUAUGAGGCAAAUUAAAAUUUACAGUCCAACACAGAAUGUUCUAGGACCACCAGCUUCUUAUAUUCCAGGCCAAUUUCUUACUAAUGAAUUUCUACGUUAUGCUACUGUUAGAUAA